UUAGCAUGAGUGGUUAGUGGAGUUUCAAAGUGUAUUAAGUGUAUUGAUUUUUCAUUUCCCAAUCCCAAUUUAAAAUUCAACUUUCAAUAUUAUUAACUAAGUAACAAUGCAUGCAAUUUAUGUUUCAAGAACGAAUGAAUUUAAAUAAUACUCAAUUAUGAACGAAGAAGACAAACAGGCGCUUAUCCAAAGAUUUAAUAUUAAAAUUGGAGAUGAUAUUAAUAACUUGACUAACGCAUAUGAAUUAGAGAAUGAAUAUGUAGAAAAGCGCGACAAAUUACAAAACUCUCUUCAGGCGGAAAACAAUGAAGUGCCAACAAAAGUAAAAUCAUCAAUAGAUAAAGCAAAGAAAAAGCCUGCUCAAAUAGCAGAGCUCAAAGAGAAAAAUGAAAAGUUGCAGGACAAACUAGACCAGUUUCUGGUAAAAACUGAGCCCCUGCGUGAUGAACUGAACAAAAGGUUUGCAGCUAUCAAUAAACUAGUGAAGGUUCAGUCAUAUUUAAAAACCUAUAUAGAAGUAGAAGAUUUGUGCCGUCAAUUGUCCAACUGUAAUGAAGAUGAGCAGAGUGUGCUGCUGUUUGGAGCACUUAAAGAGCUGUGCUUACAAUACCAGGAUGACCACAGAGGCACUUAUUUCAAGGAAUACACACACUACUGGCAUAAUAUACUCAAGGAUAAAUUAACUAAACAAUAUGAAGAUGUAUUAAAGUUGCUAAAAUGGCCAGUGGUAAUGCGUCCUGACAUGUCCCCUUUGCCUAAAGAUGUGAUGGUCAAGUUCCAUAAUCUGACCAAGUUUUUAUUCCUGAUUGAAGAACCAGACGAUGAACAAGCCAGAAUACAGUCAGGGGAUUUCAGUUUAGCAGAUAAUCCUUGUUUACCUGUAAAAGUCCUGGUACGGCCACUGAAGAAAAGGUUUACAUUCCAUUUCACUGGGUCUCGGCAGACCGCGCGCAUUGACCGCCCUGAAUGGUUCCUCACUCAGACGCUCACUUGGAUCAAGGAUCACCAGGGCUUUGUGAGGACACAUGUACAGCCAGUUGCUGACAAACUGCAAUUGAGGCAUGUUCGGGCCGUUGACGAAUUCAACGCCGGUCUUAUCUCUUUCGCGGCGGAAAGACUCCACACCGUCCUCGGCAUGUAUAACGCACACGGGGUCAAGGAAAAACGCGCGGACAUGGACGCGGCCUUCGCUCACGCUGUGGAUGAGGCUUUAGGCUUCCAUCGUGAGCUGGUGCUGAUAACGGGGCAUGAGGUUAACAGCGUGCUUUCGGUGCUGACGAAGGCGGAGAUCUUUGUCAGAUGGCUUUCUGUUGAAAAGAAAUAUGCCUUAUCAAAAAUGGAUGAGACUAUAGACACCGAAUCUUGGAUCGAGCCCGUGGCCGGCGGUAUGGGUUCCGCCGUAGGGUCCGUGCUGUGGGUUCCGCGGGGUGCUGAUUGGUUCAUGUCGCUAUUGAAAACAAUUGAGGAUCGAUACGCUGUAUUGCCGCAGCCUGGACAUCGGCUUCAGUUUCUCGAACUACAACUCGAGCUGGUCGAAGAGUGGCGCGUGCGGCUGACGCAGCUGCUGACCGCGGCGCUGGGCGUGCAGCCGCCGGCCGCGUGCCCGGCCGGCGCCGGCCCAGACCCCGUCACCGCCGUCGUCAACGCGGCCCACCACGCCCGCACCGGCCUGCUGCAGUGGGCGCACUGUCUGCACUAUCUCCAACUGCACUACUACCGUCGCCAGUUCCAACAUUUCACCCAACAACAACACCAUGACGAGUCCGAAUCGGCGUCCAGCUCCGAUGAAGAAUCUGACGAAUCUGACGCGGACGGUGAUGACGAAAAAGAAAAAACAGACGAUGACGCCUUGUCGCUGAAAGAUGUAGAGCAGAAGGCGAAAAACCAAGCUAUUGAUGAAGUGAUGCGUCGCAAUUCAGUGUUGCCUGAAUUGAGCCGGUUUGAUAUCACAUCGCCAAUAGCAAACUUGUCCGUAACGGAGCCGCUAUCUAACGACGAUUCUGAAGAAGCGGGCGUGUUUGCUGAAGCGCCGGCAUUACUAGCGCGUUUGCGUGACGCCGGACUUACUGCUCUCGCCGACCAUGCUCUGCUCGAGUUCCGCGCCGCCAUGCGAGACUAUAGGAGACAGAAAUGGCACGCGAUGUUGGUAGUGGAAGAGAUAGCGCUCUGCGUAUCAUCGCCUCUGUGCGCGCCUCUGUCCGCGCUCUGCACGCGCAUGAACAACGCCACGGCCAAACUGGCCCCUGUCCUGGCCGUGAGGUUCAGGAGCUUCCUGGCUGAGAGCGUCGACCAGUACAUCUUCGAGGAGGUGGUGCUGGAAAGCUGGUUCAACACGGGCGGCACAAUCCAGUUCACUCACGACGUGAAGCGCAACCUCGUGCCGGCCUUCGCUCCGCCUAAUAAGAGCGCGUCGCAGACCAACCUUCUACCAAAGCUGCUAGAAUCGUGCGUGCUCCUGAACAUGGAGUACGACGAAGCUCGACGGCUGCGCUCCCUGGUGCGCGCGCACCCGGGCACGGGCGCGGACGCGCUGCGCAUGCGCGGCGUGCGGCACGUGGCGCCGCCGCACGCGCUGCGCGUGCUCGACCAGCGCACCGACCUCGGCGACGUGCCCGAGCGCUCCGUCAUGGACCUCUUCUGAGGGUACGAGGGGGGAGGGCUUUAAGUUGACGUGUGGUGUGUGCACGUGCAGGUGCCUGUGUCGGUGAUACCGCUUCAUUUGGUUACUGUACAUCAGGCCGUUGUCAAAAUAUCUUAACAUUUAGUACUAAUUUGUAGUAUAAAUGAACCGAGUUGCACACAACAAAGCAACUUCAAAAUAUUUUCAACCAUUAGUGGUUUUAAGUUUGACUUAAUUGAAAGCGUGACUGAUUGAUUUGUAAAGCAGGCGAAUACCUUACUAGAUUAAUAGUUAAUUAUAUUUUUUAACAAAACGCAUUAGCCAAUGCUAGCUAUCACUCUCACUAUACCUACCUAUAAAUCACUUCUCUUUUGUCUAUUCUUAGAAAACAGGUAUUUUUUUGUUGUCAAACCUGAAACUAAUGAAAUUGUAGGUCUUUAAUAGGUUAUAUUUCCACGUUUCAAUUGAAACUAAUUUUUUUUUCAAGAUAUUUUCUGCAUGAAAAUUAGGAAAAUUAUUGAGCGGGGAAACCGAACAUGUAAAGUGAUUUAGUUUCUUUUCUCGCAAGUGUAGGUAUACAUUUUAUGGAAGUAUUUGUUUUACUCAAAGUAGGGUAAGAAUUAUUUUUGACAGUUAUGAAUUGACCCUUGUCUUAUACAUAAAAAGGUUAAGACUAAAUUCAUAACUGUCAAAAAUCACUUAUUACGUUGUUCUGACUGUAAUUAAUGAGUUUUAACUGUUAACCAACGUUCUAAAAGCAUUCCAAUUUA